CGUCUUCUCAUCCGUCAACCCCACUCAUCUUCUCCGCAAACCCCCCCACGAUUUCACAGCACCAACACCAACAAUGGAGGAGACGCCAUGGGAGCAGAAGCUCCAAGCCCUGACCCACCUCCUCACCUCCCCAACCACCAAUCCCUCCCUCCACUCCCAGUUCCUCGUCGCCUCCCUCGUCCCCUGCUACCUCCGCUGGGACUACCCUCCCCUCCUCUGCUCCCAAGCGGGCCCUAACUCCGACCCCGACGACCUCCUCCUCCUCCGGUGGAGCCUCUCCCUCUUCCUCAGGCGGCUCCCGAGGCUCGGCCUCCCGGAGACGUCCUGGCGGUGCAAGUGCCCGUACCAGCAGCCGCCGCCGGCGGUCCUGGCUGCGGGCGUGGAGGAGGCGCGGUGGGGCGACGCCGAGAGGAGGGAGUACUUCAGGCGGCGGCUGCGGCGUAGGCGGCUCGGGAGGGACGUGAACCCGCUCGUCCCGAUCCUGGUCCCGAACCUGCUCUUGUUCUCGCUCCUGCUGUGGGAUCCGUUUCCCGAAUCUCGAGAUCGCCGAUGGAGAUGAGCAGCUGCUUGGAGUCGAUGCUUCCUUAUCACACCGCCACUGCUUCUGCGUUGCUCACUUCCAUGCUUUCCGUUUCUCAAUCCGCCUCCGGUUGGACUCCUGAAGGGCAAGAGAAGACUAGAUGAAGAUGGGGCGAACAAUUAUCAAGUAAUUUGGACCGUUCUUUAAGAGCAUUCACUUGAUGUUAGUAUUUUAAGUUCUGUGUCAGUUUGUCUGCUGGAUAGAAGUGGCUCACUUUGCCAAGAUCCAUGUAGAAAGCCGUUAGAUGUUGACCAUUGAUGACAGUGGGCGCAACUUUUAAUUUGGGGGACUUGCUAUGCAUCCUUGAAGCCAUUACACUUGUAUUGCUUCUGAUUGCUUAGUGCACACCUGUUUCAGAUGCAAUGGUUAGAACCAACUCGCACUCUAUAUUAUCAUUUGAGAGGGCCAUUUUAAUCAUUUUCCACACAGUUAAUAUGAGUUUUGCCUUCAUAUUGACCAUAGUGCCUCUAUUGGAUCUGAGUCAUGUCUGCUCUGUGUCACCUUUUGAGCUGAUAUACAAAUUAUGCUACGCUAUCUUUAUAUUGUU